AUUUUAGCAGCGCUAGCUAGGUAGAUAAUCAGCUAUGGCAGAGCAGCAACCUCAGGUAGCAAAUACUCCACAAAAAAAGGGGGGGAAAAAGAAGCUAAUUAAAUGUAGUUGUCAUCUCAUUUUGAAGCAUAAUGCACGUUAGCAAGCUAGUGUUAUCUGACUUAACAACAAGCACCGACACGGGUGAUCUGUUUAAUUUAGAUUGCUAACGUUAGAUAGCUAAACUCGCUAGUUUAUCGGCAUACGUGGCAAUACGUGAUGAUCCUGUGAAAAUGUCCUACAGAGAAAACUUGAAUUUUUCUUGUAGUUUGCCUGGCUGCUGAAAUCAGAACUGCAGACUGUCGUGAGCAUGGCCUUCCUUGUGGCCUUGACCCACUUCUGUGCGUCUUAGAGAUGAACUGGUACAGCAUGAGAAAAUGCACGUCAAGCACAGUGGGCACGAAGCCAUGCAUGCUGAGAUGGUCCUCAUCUUCACCGCCACGCUGGUGGUCGCUCAGAUCGUGCUUGUCCAGUGGAAGCAGAGACACUGCAGGUCUUACAAUUUAGUGACGCUACUACAAAUGUGGGUGGUGCCUCUAUACUUCACAAUAAAGCUUUACUGGUGGCGUUUUCUGUCAACAUGGGGCAUGUUCUCCGUCAUCACCAGCUACGUCAUAUUCAGAGCCACCCGGAAACCUCUCGCUGGUAGAACACCAAGGAUGGUAUAUAAGUGGUUCCUCCUCAUUUACAAGCUAAGCUAUGCUGUAGGCGUGCUUGGUUACCUCGCCAUCAUGUUCACUAUGUUUGGAUUCAAUGUUUUCUUUAGGAUCAAAGCUGAGGAUUCUAUGGAUGUAGGUGUGAUCAUGCUGUUCUAUGGACUCUACUAUGGAGUUAUGGGACGAGACUUUGCUGAAAUCUGCUCAGACUACAUGGCAUCGACUAUAGGGUAUUACAAUAUGGGUGGUAUGCCAUCUCGUAACCUGUGCCAUGAUAUUUGUGCUGUGUGUGGACAGAAGACUUUUGUUGAUGUGGAUGAGGAGGGCAUCAUUGAAGACACCUACCAGCUCUCCUGCAAUCACAUAUUUCAUGAAUUCUGUAUUCGUGGCUGGUGCAUUGUGGGAAAGAAGCAGACCUGUCCAUACUGCAAUGAGAAAGUCGACCUCAAAAAAAUGAUGAACAAUCCCUGGGAGAGAACACAUGUUUUAUAUGGACAGCUUUUGGAUUGGCUGAGGUACCUGGUUGCUUGGCAACCAAUUAUAAUUGGCAUUGUGCAUGGAAUAAAUUUCUCACUCGGCCUGGAGUAAAAUUGCAAUAUGAAGGCAUCUUUGAAAAUGUGCAUGUAUCUACAUUUGUAUGAUAUGGCUUUAGAAUGGACUUGAUGGAAGAGAAUAGGCAGUGGCUUUUAUACAUUUUUAUUUUAUUUGAUAGACCAAUUAGCUGCCACAGCCAUUGUUGGCAUUCUUAAAAAUUAGUUACAAUGACUAAUUCCUUGCACAAUAAAGCUCUUUACUGUUUUGUUUUGUUUUUUUAAGUUAUCUUUAUCACUCCUAUGAAAAUUGUGCCAAGGGUGCUUUUCCUCUGUGCCAUUAAGGCUCAGUGACAUUAUAUAUAGCAGUUGGUUGAUGAUAACCAGUAUUAAAAGGCAAUGUAAUAAAGUUUCAGUUGAUGAUGAUCUACUUAUCUCCCAUGUUUUCCCAUGGGUCAUUUUAUUCAGGUUGUGAAAGAACAGAAUUAAGACUGAGGUUCUUUCCAGUUUUCACAAUUAUCCUUAAGAAGCUUGUUGAUGUCUUGUUAUUCUACUGUUUCCAUUAUUUUCAUGUGACUUCUCACAAUUUGAAUUCAUACAUCAUUGAAACUUAAUGUAGUGUUUGCUGUCAGUGUGAUUACCAGUCCUCUGAUCCUAGAUUGACAUAUCAUCUAUGUGUGAGCAACAGCAGGAUGUAGCUUUUUAGCAUGAUAGAAGAUCCAGAAAGAGAGCUAUUAAUUCAGUUUGGGGCAAUUUUCAUGAUUCUGAACUUAAUAUUUCCAUGUUAAAUAUGGGUUUCACCAUAGGGGAAUGUCUCAUUAUUAACCAAAAAUACACUGUGGGUCAGUAAGACCGGUAUUGCACGACAGUUCAUAAAGUUUGACACAAGGCUGAUUUAAUUUGCUUAAUUUGGUGGCUGAUUUUGGUUUGUCAUUUUUUUUUUCUCUGAAGAGAAAUAAAAAUUAGUGAUAAAGUUCUAAGUAAUACAUCAGGUAUUCAUGUCAACAGUUAUCUGAAUUUGCACUUUAAGUUAUAAUUGUUAAUUUAUUUUUAAUGUAUUAGCCUAAUGAUCUUCUAAACAAUAAAUGUGCCAUACUUUUAUUUGCCCUGUUUAUGUAUGUACAUCACAGUAUUGUAAAAUGUGUGCACACUUGCAACUUUUACUUAGUGUAAGUGUUUGCAGUGGGGGGCGUUCAGCCGAUUUCUCCUUGUUUUCAGGCCUUCACUGACUAUACUGUAAUUGUACCUCAAAAGAAUCUCAGUAAAAAAUAACCAUUAAGUUUUACUGUGACUGCUGCAAAGAUAACAUAGAGAUCAAGUACAUCAAACGGGUGGUAAGAGUUAUCUUGUCAACUUAUUGCAUCAUUUCUUUUCAAGAAUAAAGUGAACUUGGACAUUGAAUCUG